AUGCCUUUACCAGCGUCAACCAGAUACUGGCUCAAAUAUGACAGUGGAACUCUUGCUACUGUUCAAAAAAUCGUAUCUGAAAUUCUCCCCCCGUCCGCAGGCGUGGCAUUCGCUAAGGAGGCCCGCGAUCUCUUAAUUGAAUGCUGUGUCGAGUUCAUUACCCUUAUUUCUUCAGAGGCGAACGAGAUCUCUGAGAAGGAAGCAAAGAAGACUAUCGCUUGCGAUCACAUUACGAAAGCUCUCGAGCAACUAGGCUUCACUGACAUGGUCCCUGCUGUUCUCGAGGCAGCAGCUGAGCACAAGGAAGGUCGAGAGAAGAAGGCAGAUAAGUUUGCCAACAGUGGCAUGUCCAUGGAGGAACUCGCUCGUCUACAGGAGGAGCAGUUCGCUGCUGCUCGUGAGCGCCACGGCUAG